GAGAAGAAGAGGAGUGAGGGACAGAGGGGAUAGUUUUCCACCAGCCCGGAGCUUAGCGCAGGGACACCUCCAUCCAGAGUGAACCACGCCCCGGAGAAAGGAGAGACUGUGGCUCCUCAAAGUCCCCAAAACUCCUGAUAUGGAAGGGGCACCGGACGGAGAAGAGGGCUAUUAAGUUUGGUUACAGGUUGAAAAGAUGAAGUUCGGGAAGAGCAUCUGCGUGCUCAACGUGGGGGGGACCCGGUACGCCUUCACCCGUGAGGUGAUCAAGGAUUUCCCUCUCCGGCGCGUCAGCCGCCUUCAUGCAUGCGCAACCGAGAAAGAGGUUCUUGAACUGUGCGACGACUACGACCGGGACCGCAAUGAGUUCUUUUUCGACCGUCACGCGCAGGCUUUCGUGUUCAUCAUGCUGUACGUGCGCUCCGGUAAACUCCGCUUUGUUCCCGGAGUGUGUGAGCUGUCCUUCUACACGGAGAUGCUCUACUGGGGGCUGGAGAGCGCGCACUUGGACUCCUGCUGUCAAAAACGGCUGGACGACCGGAUGUCCGAGAUUGGCAUGGACUCUGUAUCUGAGGAGGGCAUCGAAGUGUCAGGGGAUGAGCCGCAGAGCCCGGUGGAGCCGGUGCAACUAACUGCGCUCACAGGGCGCGCAAGAUGGCUAGAGAUGAUGCGCAAAGCCUUCGAGGAACCAAACUCUUCGAUUGUGGCGCAGCUUUUGGCCUCAGUAUCCGUCAUCUUUGUGAUCGUUUCUAUGUUCAUGCUGUGUGCAAGCACCCUGCCGGACUGGGACACAGCCAAGAAAACCACAGUGGAGGAGCACAGGAUAGUGGAGACCGUGUGCAUCGGCUGGUUCACAGCAGAGUGCAUUGUGCGCUUCCUGGUGGCUAGAAACAAGUGGGACUUCCUACGCCGGCCCCUGAACAUCAUUGACAUCAUUGCAAUAACCCCGUAUUAUGUCACCAUGGCACUGGCCCGGGCGGGGAUGCCCAGCGCAGGCCUCGGGGUUGCAGGGGUGUUCCUGCGGGUGCUGAGGAUGAUGCGUGUGUUCUGGCUCAUGAAGCUGGCCAGGCACUUCAUGGGCCUGCAGACUCUGGGGCUGACGCUCACGCGCUGUUAUCGGGAGAUGGUGAUGCUGAUGGUGUUUGUGUGCGUUGCCAUGGCGAUAUACAGCGCCCUGGCUCAGCUGCUCGAGCACGGCUUGGACUUGGAAACACAGAACCACGAUUUCGCGAGCAUCCCGGCCGCCGCCUGGUGGGUCAUUAUCUCCAUGACUACAGUGGGGUACGGGGAUGUGUACCCAGUGACGAUGGGGGGGCGGGUGCUCGGGGGGAUGUGUGUGGUGAGUGGGAUUGUUCUCCUGGCACUGCCCAUUACAUUCAUCUACCACAGUUUUGUACAGUGUUACCAUGAACUUAAACUUCGCUCUGCCAGAUACGAGCGCAGCCUUUCCAUAGAGGUUCUGCAGUGAGAACACGUUUUUGUCCCCCAGAACAUUGAUUGCCAGACGUCGACCAGGAAGAAGCUCAUCAAACCACCUGCUGAUCCUAUGUGAAAUAAUUAUAAACAGCCCUGUUUCCUGCCUGAGCUGCAACUGAUUUUGUUUGGCCUGUCUACCUCCUGCCUAUUGUGCUGAUGAUCUUCAAUCAUCAUCUGCAGCCAGUUCGCUCUGCGCCUGCCUCCUUCUGCACUUGUGCAAAAAAAAAAAAAAAAGGAUAGAAAUACAGCCAUUAUAAUUUAUUAAACACACACACAGGCACAGUAAAUCCAGUUUUGACAGUGGCCGCUGUUUACACUGUAUUCCCAUGGUUACAACAAUGCCUGCCUCUUUUUCUAUGCUGCAUCAAGUGUUCAUGUGUUUGAGUGUGUUUUUGUUUGUCUGACCACGAAUAAAGCUUUGCACCCAGAUGGUCCAAGUUA